AAAAUGUCUAGCAGCUUCUAGUAAAACCUUCACACUUCCAGUUGUCUCUUUCGCCUCAACAAAAAGGCCAUUCCCACUCCAAAUUUUUCCUCAGAUAUCUGUUUCCGACCCAAAAAAAAAGCACAAUCGUUCUUCCGAUUACGAACUCCAUAUAUCAAUUACAUAUUCUUAUAUCAAUUUUUCUUCAAUUUUUGUUGAUCUUCAUCAAGUUUCGAGCAGAACCGUUUGUCAUUGUAUUGCUGAGCGUCCUAUUUUCGGCUUCUCUAUUGCUUGCAAGUACAGGACUCUGUUCACAAGGAAUUAAUUAACAGUUGAGAAUGAAUCCUGAGAAAUUUACCCACAAGACUAAUGAGGCCCUUGCUGGAGCACAUGAAUUGGCUGUGAAUGCUGGCCAUGCACAAAUCACCCCACUUCAUAUUGCUGCCUAUUUGUUAUCUGACGCAAAUGGAAUCUUCCGCCAAGCUUUGAACAAUGCUGGAGGUGGUGAAGAGGCUGCAAGAGCCGGUGAGAGGGUUGUGAAUCAGGCGUUGAAGAAGCUACCUUCUCAAUCCCCUCCUCCUGACGAUGUUCCUGCCAGUACGUCAUUGAUUAAGGCAAUAAGACGGGCACAAUCACUGCAGAAGUCCCGUGGCGAUUCACAUCUAGCAGUUGAUCAUUUGAUUUUGGGCCUUCUGGAGGAUUCCCAAAUUGCUGAUCUUCUGAAAGAAGCUGGACUUACUAUCUCUAAAGUGACUGCAGAGCUUAAGAAAUUGCGAGGCAAGGAUGAUAGAAAAGUGGAGAGUGCUUCAGGAGACUCAAAUUUCCAAGCACUUAAGACUUAUGGUCGGGAUCUUGUGGAGAUGGCUGGUAAGCUUGAUCCUGUAAUUGGAAGGGAUGACGAAAUUCGAAGGGUCAUUCGGAUUCUUUCCAGAAGGACCAAGAAUAAUCCAGUGCUGAUUGGAGAACCCGGUGUGGGAAAAACUGCAGUUGUUGAAGGGUUGGCCCAGAGAAUUUUUAGUGGUGAUGUUCCAAGCAACCUGGCUGAUGUGAGGGUAAUAGCACUGGAUAUGGGAGCACUGAUUGCCGGAGCCAAAUAUAGAGGUGAAUUUGAAGAGAGGUUGAAGGCUGUUUUGAAGGAAGUUGAGGAUGCUGAGGGGAAAGUCAUUCUCUUCAUCGAUGAAAUUCACCUAGUUCUGGGUGCUGGUAGAACUGAAGGGUCAAUGGAUGCUGCAAAUCUGUUCAAGCCAAUGCUUGCUAGAGGCCAGUUAAGAUGCAUUGGAGCCACAACAUUGGAUGAAUACAGGAAGUAUGUGGAGAAAGAUGCAGCAUUUGAGAGACGUUUCCAGCAAGUCUAUGUUGCUGAGCCUAGUGUGGCUGACACAAUCAACAUUCUUCGUGGGCUGAAGGAGAAAUAUGAAGCUCAUCAUGGUGUUCGAAUUCAAGAUCGAGCACUUGUUAUUGCUGCUCAACUCUCAGCUAGAUACAUAACAGGUCGACAUUUGCCUGACAAAGCAAUUGACUUGGUUGAUGAGGCCUGUGCAAAUGUGAGGGUUCAGUUGGAUAGCCAGCCUGAAGAGAUUGACAAUCUUGAGAGGAAACGUAUCCAAUUGGAGGUUGAGCUACAUGCCCUAGAGAAGGAGAAAGACAAAGCAAGCAAAGCCCGACUAGUUGAAGUCAGGAAGGAGUUAGAUGAUUUGAGAGAUAAACUGCAGCCUCUCCAAAUGAAGUAUCAAAAAGAAAAGGGAAGGGUUGAUGAGCUUCGAAGACUUAGGAGGAAGAGGGAUGAACUAUUAGUCGCUUUGCAAGAAGCUGAAAGGAGAUUCGACCUCGCUCGCGCAGCAGAUUUGAAAUUCGGUGCAAUCCAGGAAGUUGAGGCUGCUUUGACAAAACUGGAAGCAGAUACCCUAGAAGUGGGGGGAAUUCUAACUGAGACAGUUGGACCAGAUCAAAUUGCAGAGGUUGUGAGCCGUUGGACUGGUAUACCAGUUACACGUCUUGGCCAAAAUGAGAGUGAAAGACUUGUUGGUCUUGCUGAUAGGUUGCAUCAACGAGUAGUUGGCCAAGAUCAUGCAGUCAAAGCUGUUGCAGAUGCUGUGUUGAGGUCGAGGGCUGGUUUGGGAAGGCCACAGCAACCAACUGGUUCGUUCCUUUUCUUGGGACCAACUGGUGUUGGUAAAACCGAGCUUGCCAAGGCUUUAGCAGAGCAGUUGUUUGACGAUGAUAAGCUUAUGAUAAGGAUUGAUAUGUCCGAGUACAUGGAACAGCACUCAGUUGCUCGUCUAAUUGGAGCUCCACCUGGGUAUGUUGGACACGAGGAAGGUGGGCAACUCACUGAAGCUGUGAGGAGGCGGCCUUACAGUGUGAUUUUAUUUGAUGAAGUAGAAAAGGCGCAUCCGACAGUGUUCAACACUUUGCUCCAAGUUCUUGAUGAUGGAAGACUCACUGAUGGCCAAGGCCGCACUGUCGACUUCACAAACACAGUUAUCAUCAUGACUUCAAAUCUUGGAGCUGAGUAUCUCCUAAGAGGCCUUUCUGGUAAAUGUACAAUUGAAAGUGCUCGUGAGAUGGUGAUGCAAGAGGUGAGGAAGCACUUCAAGCCAGAACUUCUGAACAGGCUUGAUGAAAUUGUGGUCUUUGACCCUCUUGCGCAUGAUCAAUUGAGACAAGUUUGCCGCCUCCAAAUGAAAGAUGUGGCUGGCCGCUUAGCUGAGAGAGGAAUUGCAUUGGCUGUCACCGAGGCUGCACUCGACGUGAUCUUAGCCGAGAGUUAUGAUCCAGUUUACGGCGCUAGACCAAUCAGGAGAUGGCUGGAGAAGAAGGUGGUCACCGAGCUAUCCAAGAUGCUGGUGAAGGGUGAGAUAGACGAGAAUUCGACCGUGUACAUCGACGCGGCUUACAACAAGAAAGAGCUUGCCUACAAAGUGGAGAAGAAUGGAGGGCUAGUGAAUCCCAGCACUGGACAAAAAUCAGACAUACUAAUCCAACUCCCCAAUGGGUUCAACAAGUCUGAUGCUGCUCAAGCUGUGAAGAAGAUGAAGAUUGAAGAGAUAGAUGAUGAUGAUGAAAUGAUGGAUGAUUAGAGGAAUCCUUGGUUUUAACUAGUAAACUACUUAUAAAGCUUGCUUUGGCUUCUGCUAAUUUUGAUGAUCAGCAGAGUCGGGUUGAUGAACUGUAUUUUGUAAUAUUGGUCUGAAGAACUAUAAUGGAUAUUGGGCUCUGCUGCUUCCACCUUAUGCUUUGGUGGGUUAAGCGAACAAUAAAAAUUGUAAAUAGGCAGUCUGAAUGGUUUUUGGUCUUGAUAUUGUAAUUGACAGUACAAUAUCAUUUUACAUUUACAGCUGAUUUCCUCUUUUUUCUAACCUUCAAACC